UUGCUAAUGCAGGACGGAAACCAGUAUUAGAAUGAAACGAAUAUCCAGAAGGUGCCUUCUUUUAUAUCACUAUUUUUAUAAAUAUCAGUGUACAAAGAGAACAUGUACUUCAACAUUGGAAUCUGAUAUCAAAGAAACCAAUGCGCUUAGUGGGAUAUGGUUUUAAUCAUCAGGUGCUGCAUUAUUUUAUGCGUUAAGAACAUCCUUGUUUGACCAGGAUCAUCAAAGGUCAUGAAGACGUGAGAAUUUGUGUGCUAGAGUCAAGGAUGGUACGGAGAGGGUUUCUGUCCUGGAUUUCUCGGGUGGGGAUUCUACUUGUUUGUCUUUGUUGCAUUGUAUCGGUUUUGUACAUGCUAGCCUGUACCCCCAAAGCUGAGGAGGAGCAGCUUGUAUUGCCAAGGCCUAAUAUCCCUACAGGGAAAGAAGGCUUUCAAGUCAUCUUGCAAGAACGGGAAGAAGAGCAUAGGAACUACAUUACUAGCCUGAAGAAACAAAUUGCUCAAUUGAAAGAUGAACUUCAAGAACGUAGCGAACAGCUAAAGAACGUUCAAGGACACUCCAGUGAUCCUGUAGGAGUUAGCUUUGACCAUGGAAGUCCUGAGAAGACUCAAACAGACCUGAUAGACUUUCUGCACUUACAGGUCAAAAAAGCGGAAGUACACAAUGGUGUAAAGGUUCCCACCGAGUAUGCUGCAAUACCUUUUGAUAGUUUCACUUUGCAGAAAGUUUACCAGCUAGAGACAGGGCUGACUCGUCACCCAGAAGAAAAGCCAGUACGCAAGGACAAGAGGGAUGAGCUGGCAGAAGCUGUUGAAGUAGCUUUGGAGGCCUUGAACAACCCCAAUAGUGAAAGCAACUCAAACAGACGAGUAUAUGCAUCUACAGAUUUUAUUGAAGGUAUUUACAGAACAGAACGAGAUAAAGGAACAUUGUAUGAAUUGACUUUCAAAGGGGACAGAAGUCAGGAAUUCAAGCGUAUUGUUCUCUUUCGGCCAUUUGGACCUCUCGUUAAAGUCAAGAAUGAAAAACUUAACAUGGCCAACGUCCUUAUAAAUAUCAUUGUGCCCUUAGCCAAAAGAGCAGAUAAAUUUCAGCAGUUUAUGCAAAAUUUCAGAGAUGUGUGCAUCAACCAAGAUGGACGAAUUCACCUGACAGUGGUGUAUUUUGGAAAAGAGCAAGCUCAAGAAGUGAAAAACAUCCUUGAAAACACAUCUAGGGCAGCAAACUUUAAGAACUUUACUUUUAUCCAACUGAAUGAGGAAUUCUCUCGUGGAAAAGGAUUAGAUGUUGGCGCCCGGGCUUGGAAAGGGAACAACGUCCUUCUGUUUUUUUGUGAUGUGGAUAUCUAUUUUACGUCAGAGUUCCUUAAUACAUGCAGAAUAAAUACAAUGCCAGGUAAAAGAGUUUUCUACCCAGUACUGUUCAGCCAGUAUAACCCUGCUAUAAUCUAUGGGCAUCAUGAUGCAAUUCCUUCCAUAGACCAACAGCUGGUAAGUUAUGAAAAGGACACUGGAUUUUGGAGAGAUUUUGGGUUUGGAAUGACAUGUCAAUAUCGUUCAGAUUUCAUUAAUAUAGGUGGAUUUGAUUUAGAUAUCAAAGGUUGGGGUGGAGAAGAUGUUCAUCUUUAUCGAAAAUAUCUUCACAGCAACCUAAUAGUGGUUAGAACAACAGUGAAAGGACUAUUCCAUCUCUGGCAUGAAAAGCAUUGUGUGGAUGAACUGACUCCGGAGCAGUACAAGAUGUGUAUGCAGUCCAAGGCUAUGAAUGAGGCCUCUCAUGGACAACUUGGCAUGUUGGUAUUUAGACAUGAGAUUGAGGCGCAUUUACGCAAACAGAAACAGAGGAUUCAUGGAAAGAAAUCAUGAUGGCCAAAGAUUACUGUACACUGUGUGCACAAAUCAGUAUGUUCUUAAGCCCCAGGGCGUAAAGAACACAAAGCAGCCAUCAAAACGUUCAAUAGGAAAGGAGAACGAAGAAGAUUGACAGCUUAGACAUCUUGCGGUCCUUUUUAUGUACGCACCAGAAGGUGCUAAAUAUUUACAGAGUUCAUUAAAGAAGAUUUAAUGAACCUUCCUGACACAAUGACAAAAGCAAUAAAGUAUAUUUAUUGCCGGCAUAUGAGUAAUGAAACGUGCGCACGUGAAGACACUCACCAAGGAAUACCUCCCAGGCAGUCGUGUAACAGCAGCAAUAAUUUGCUGCUUUGUAAGUGCACUGAAAUAACUGCCAAGUGGAAUGUACUUGUUAGAUGACAAAGUGAACGGAUGACACUUUAUUAGAGUGCAGCAAUAAUCAAACAACUUUGUUUUGCCAUUAAGCUGGGCACAUAGAGCAUAAAUCUAAAAGGAAUGUGCAGUAAAGUCCAGCUAUUUACACUUUUUUUUCUUUAAGUUUAUUAUAUAUUUAUAUAAAUAUAUAUGCAAAGCUACAGUUCUUUCAGAGGAAAAAAAAAUGCUGCACUCUUUAUGCAAAAUAAUUUAAAUGUAGUAAAGUGAGGUCACAGAUCCCCUAUCACAUUAAAUUAUUUUGUAUCUUGAGAAGAUUUCUUCCCGUUGUUUGACAGAACUGUUGUCUCAUUCAUUUGUCACUUUAUCCAUAAUUCAGACAAAGCAUGCAAUUAAAAAAAAUGUGUUUUUUUUCUUUGGUAUAGAGCUCUUAGCUCUUUAUGGCCGCUGAAUUUGCAACAAUGUUUGUGGCACUGUUAUACGUUUGUUUCGUCUUCACAUCAUAGAAUGCUGAAGACAUGCACGCUCCUUAGCUCCUAUAGGCUCUUUAACAAAGGAUACCAACGGAAUAAAGCAAAUUUAAUAAUAGAAGUAAAUUGGAAAGUUGUUUUUAAUUGCAUGUUCUCUCUGAAUCAUUUUUCCCCCCUUUAAUUAAUCCUUGGCCAAUAUUGAUUAUAUUCUAGACCAAUUAUUCACAGUAUUAUGAAUGAUUAAGUUGUGAAUUUUAAAUAAAGCUUUCUGGGUAUCAAUA